AUGGUAUUGCCGUUUGGCCUAGAUGAUGUCCUUCUUCUUGUGGCGUCUGCCUCGCCCCUGCUGUGGGCAAAGCGCGGCGACGUGGUGAGGUCCAGCGUCUACAAAACAGUCUCUUUUGUGACGGGCGACGACGCCUACGCUGCACGGAGGGCGGAGGCGGUUGCUCGCAACUGCCCAACACCGUGCGCGUUGCUUCCGGGCAAAGAUCUUGGUGGACCCACACCCACCGCCUCCGCGGCAACGGACACGCUUGUUGUUAGCGGUAUAGCUGGAAGCUUUACUGGGGACGUUGUGCACGAGUACCCAUGCGUCCCACACCGCCACUUCCACCGCAUGAAACAACGUCGUCCGCCUGUGCGGGAUCUUCUUCAAUGCUCCGUGAAGGAAGUGGCGGCGUCUCUCCAUAGCUACUCCCUGGCGGAGGUGUCCCGCCUGUAUGAGACUAUGGAGCAGGAGGGUCUCUGGGAGGCCGCGCUGAACGUGACGGAAGGCUCGAGGAGGGGCAGGCAUUACGCCUACCUCACCAAGAGGAAUCUCGAGGCGGUGCUACGGACACUCCUGCGGGCUGGGGAAACGCAGCGAGCGAUACAGUGCUAUCUGGCACAUGCAAAGGAGUUUCUUGUCUCAGAUGAGGUGCUAGUAGCGUUGUUUGAUGCCUGUAGGCAAGUUGAGCAAAACAGUCUGGCCCUCUAUCAAGCCGUGAAGCCGUUCCAUGACGAAUGGACUCUGGCGGUCUAUGCGUGCUGUCUGACUGUGAAUGCCCAGUUUAACUGGGAAGAAGCAUUACACCUGUAUAGUGAAUAUCUGGAGAAAGAGCGGCAGCCGCGAUUUACACGACUUGUGGCAAGUGUCAUGCGCAGUACGGACCACAAGAGUAGUGUAAAUGAAGUUGGUAGUGGGGUGGGGUCUGUGAAGGGGCAACAGUUACAGUUUCUCUACCACGUCAUUCUUCCUUUGGUUGCUGACCGUCGGGUGGACCGGCUACAAGAGUGUUACGCGCACAUGUUGGCGCGUGAACCAGAGUCCACUGUGGAUGUACUGCUGAGGUGCCUUCAUACCCCACGCGGCAGGGAACUGGCGGCGCAUUGGCUAAAGGCGUCCGUGAAAAAUGCGAAGGAUCCUCCACUCAUUCCGGACACUGUCGUUGACUUGGCGACCCAGCUUUAUAGCAAGAAACCCAACGUGAUGAAUCUUAACUCGCUGCUGAAGGUCCUCAUGGCACAAGACCCAACGAUGCUUCCUUCCCAUGUGGGAGAGAAGUUACAGGAAUACGUUCGCCCGCUUGCGAUGACAGAGAAUGACGCGUGCGUCUUGGCUCGCACCCUCACCGGGCAGUCAGGACAUUGGAAACUCGCGACACACUUCAUGGCAUCCAUGGUUGCGCGAAAGCAGUUUGGUGCUCUUCCGACACUCUCCUUCUACGUGGCAAAGCAGGGAAGAUGGUUACUGGCGUCUCAGGCAAUGACCCUGUGCUUUUCUAACCGUGCCGCCGUUGCCCCGGCAGAAAUAAACCUCUGCAUCGAGUCAUCUGUGCUCGCUGGUCGCUGGAAAAGUGCCUUGUUCUGGAUGGAACGGGCUCAUAGCCGCGGUGUGCGACUUCCGACUGCGGUGUAUGACGAUGUGCUGGGUGUCACAAAGCAUUGUUCGUGGGUUGCUGCCCUCCGUGCGCUCGCGUCGAUGCACGAGGCAGGGAGUGCCUCCUCUGAAGCGGGUGUACUCACCGUGCUGGAGGCCACAGCCUCGCAGGGAAAAGCGCUCAAGGCUCUAAACGCCAUAUCCACCACAGGAAACGUUUACUGGACCUUGUAA